GAAUUUGGUGUACGAAAACUUGCUUGUUGACAAGUUCACAAAGUCCUGAAAAUGUUUUCGGCCUACGUUCUCCGUAGUGGUUUGACGAACUUUGUUGGGAAAACUUCCCUCAAACAAGCAACUGUGCUUUUCUCAAAGCCAAAUAUCUACAGCUUGACGUCAAGGCAAUUGACUAAUCAGACUCGUGGUAGUUUAACACGCAGAGCUACUAGAUCCCGUUCCCUGAAAGAAAUUGCUAUGGCUCCAGCUGGGGAAGGAGCAUUUAGUCUUGGCAAAGGAUUAGUGUUGGGUGCAUCAGGGCUUGGCCUUGGUGCCCUUUGCUUUUAUGGACUAGGAUUUGCCUCUGAACCUGGGGCAAUUGAUAGAUCUGUGAUGUGGCCUGAGUAUGUUAAAGAUAGGAUAAGGACAACAUACAUGUACUUCGGAGGUUCCAUAAUGUUGACAGCUGCCUCAGCUAUGGCCUGCUUUCGCAGUCCUGUAAUUAUGAAGGCAGUAAUGGGAAAUUCUUGGGUGGUCAUUUUAGGCAGCAUUGCUGCAAUGAUUGGUACAGGAAUGAUAGUUCGCAGUAUACCUUAUCAACCAGGGGUCGGGUCGAAGCAAGCUGCCUGGGCCCUUCAUUCGGCUGUCAUAGGUGCCGUUGUUGCCCCGUUAUGUUUUCUAGGUGGCCCAUUGCUUCUUCGUGCUGCAGUGUACACGGCAGGAAUUGUUGGUGGCUUAUCCACCGUAGCUGUUUGUGCCCCGAGUGAGAAAUUUUUGAACAUGGGAGGACCCUUGGCCAUUGGUUUUGGCGCCGUCUUUGCCGCAUCGCUUGGAAGCAUGUUUUUACCACCUACUACGGCACUUGGCGCUGGCCUCUAUUCCGUCGCUCUUUACGGUGGCCUGGUUCUCUUUUCCGCGUUCUUGCUUUACGAUACCCAAAAAAUUGUACACGCUGCCGAAGUUCACUCUCCUUAUUCUGCUCGACCAUUCGAUCCCGUUAAUGCAUCCAUUUCAAUUUAUAUGGACACUAUCAACAUUUUCGUCAGGAUUGCCAGCAUUUUGGCUGGAGGCAACAGGAAACGUUAAAUUACAACAUUGAAGGAUUCCUUUUUUCUGCCUUCUCACUGUAAAUUUCCGGAUAAUGAAUUGAUUGAUCGAAUGGAUAAUGAAAUUAAAACCGUGAUUCAGAAUGGCAUUGUACCAUUAACAGAGGUAUGAAGAUGUAAUACUUAUUCAUUCACCUUUGUUGUUACACUUGCUUAAUGCACCAAUUUUACAUCGGAAAACCAUAAAGUAGCGUGAAACUUUGGGGUAGUAGAUAAACUAGUUAGGAAUGGCAUUAUAUGCUUAUAUACAAUAUGUGAAGGAAAAAGUAUCACGUAUGGAUUAAAAAGACAAACGAGAAAUAAAUCACCAGACAACU